UUCUUCAGCAAUUCUUUUUUCUCUCUCGCUUUGAAAAAAGAAAAGAAAAAGUUCUUCUCUCUCUUUGUUACAAUCAGCCAUGUCUGGGGAAUCGGCCAGUGCAAUUCAAAGAAGCCAAGUUGAUUUAAUGGACUUCAUAGACUGGUCUGGGGUCGAAUGCCUCAACCAAAGCACUAGUCACUCUCUUCCCAAUGCGCUGAAACAGGGUUACAGAGAAGAUGAUGGAUUGAAUCUGGAGAGUGAUGCCGACGAGCAGCUUUUGAUGUAUAUACCUUUCACCCAAGUUAUUAAGCUGCAUUCUAUCGUGGUCAAAGGACCUGAAGAGGAAGGUCCUAAGACUGUGAAACUUUAUUCAAAUAAGGAGCACAUGGGCUUCGGCAAUGUCAAUGACUACCCUCCUAGUGACACAGCCAUUCUGUCUCCAGACAAUCUCAAGGGGAAACCAGUAGUUUUGAAGUAUGUCAAGUUUCAAAAUGUUCGUAGCUUGACAAUUUUUAUCGAGGACAAUCAAUCUGGUUCUGAUAUCACAAAAGUGCAAAAGAUUGCCCUGUUUGGAACAACGGUGGAGACAACAGAUAUGAAGGGUUUGAAGAAGAUUGAGGAUCAACAUUGACCCGGAAAAGUGCGAUUAUAAAGUUGGAUGGAUACAUGCAUUUGGAUUGGUAGGAAGCAUGCUUAAGCUUCUUUUUUUCUCCCAAAUUUUUAUUAGAUUUACAUCAUAUAACAGCUUCAAGAAUGAAUUAUGGCUUGCUACGUCAAUCUCAUGUCCUAGACUUGUGACAUACCCUUUUUCUGGGGUGUUGGUGGUGGUGGUAAUUUGAUGGAUCAAUGCAUUUGAAGGUGCAUUUAAAUUC